GAAGGGGAACUGGUGGCCGGAGUGGCACCUUCCAGAAGAUUCCUCAUCCGCCUUCUCUCUCUCUCUCUCUCUCUCUCUCUCUCUUCCCUCCUCCUCUCCUCUCCUCUCAUGGCGUCCGCACCGAGCACCACCGCGUCCAGCCUCGCGCCGCCGCCGUUCUCCUCUUCCCGCGGCGCGCGCCUCCCGGCCGCUCUACGCCUCCCGCAUGCUCAGCCUCCAGCCGCGGCGGGUCGCUUCCGCGUGGUGGCGCCCGCUGCCCCGGGCCGCCUCGCCCGCGCGCGCGUGCAGUGUGGCGCCGCGGUGAGUUUCAUCGGGCAGAGCGAGUUUGAGGCGGAGGUGUUGCAGUCGGACCUGCCCGUGCUCGUCGACUUCGUCGCCGACUGGUGCGGGCCGUGCCGCCUCAUCGCCCCCGUCGUCGACUGGGCCGCCGAGGAAUAUGAAGAGAGAUUAAAGAUUGUCAAGAUUGACCAUGAUGCCAAUCCACAACUGAUUGAAGAGUAUAAGGUUUAUGGUCUCCCAUCGCUGAUUCUCUUCAAGGACGGGAAAGAGGUACCAGGGAGCAGAAGAGAAGGCGCGAUUACAAAAGCCAAGUUCAAGGAAUAUGUUGAACCCUUCUUGUCAACCUCAACAGUUGCUUAGUAUCAUCACCUGCUGCAUCACUGAAUAUGAUGUCUGGAGGGUGCCAACACAGAACACGGCCCGCAUGUUAGGAGAUUUUCCACUCCAUGAACUCCCUGUUAUAAUCUGUAAUUACCUCAGGAUCAUGGUUACAUAUGAUUUUCAUUAUUGAUGGGUUAAAAUAGUUGUAUGAAGGGCUAUAUGAGGUGCAGUUUGACCUGGCACAAUUGCUGAAAUUAAACUUCUGCCGAUCAAUAUCUUGUACGAAUCAUUGUUAAUACCUACAAGACCAUGCUUAUAUGAAA